CAUAGGCCUCCGAAGAUUUGGUGGACAUUAUCAGAGGCACGUUUCCCAGAACUGCGAAGAGAAGCUGAAGCGAUUCUGCAGGAAGCUUUCCCUAAAGGAACUAUGGAGAACGGAAGGGCAGACACUCUGCAGAUAAGGCAAGUCCUGCUUCUUUUUGUUUUGCUAGGAAUGUCUCAGGCGGGUUCCGAGUCUGGGCGCUUUUCGGUGGCAGAGGAAAUGCAGAGUGGGAGCUUUGUAGGCAAUUUGGCAAAGGACCUGGGACUAGAAGUGGGUGAGCUGGUCUCAAGGGGGGCUCAGGUGGUCUCUAAUGAUAACAAAAGGCGUUUGCAGCUGGACAUAAACAACGGAGAUUUGCUCUUAAGCGAAUCACUAGACAGGGAGGAGCUCUGUGGUUCCACGGAGCCCUGUGUGUUGCAUUUCCAGGUAUUAAUGAAAAACCCUUUGCAGUUUUUACGGAUUGAGCUCCAGGUCAGGGAUAUAAAUGACCACUCUCCUGUCUUCUUAGAAAAAGAAAUGCUCCUAGAAAUCCCAGAGAAUAGUCCUGUUGGUGCUGUGUUCUUACUAGAAAGUGCGAAGGAUUUAGAUGUAGGAAUCAACGCUCUAAAGAACUACACAAUAAGCCCCAACUCUUAUUUCCACAUUAAAAUGAGAGUCAAUCCAGACAAUAGGAAAUAUCCGGAGUUGGUUCUGGACAAGGCACUGGAUUAUGAAGAGCAGUCGGAGCUCAGUUUCAUCCUCACUGCUCUGGAUGGCGGGACUCCGGCCAGGUCCGGGACUGCCUCAGUUCGGGUGGUGGUUGUGGACGUUAAUGACAAUUCCCCGGAGUUUGAGCAGCCAUUUUAUGAGGUGAAGAUUCCAGAGAAUAGCAUAUUGGGCUUAAUCAUUGUCACCGUUUCCGCUUGGGAUUUAGACUCAGGAAAAAAUGGAGAAGUAUCAUAUUCUUUUUCCCAUGCCUCAGAAGAUAUUCGCAAGACAUUUGAAAUUAAUCAAAAGUCCGGAGAAAUCAGUUUAACGGCAUCCAUGGAUUUUGAAACAAUUGAAUCAUACUCAAUAAUCAUUCAAGCCACAGAUGGGGGAGGCCUCUUUGGAAAAUCAACAGUCAGAAUUCAGGUGAUGGAUGUGAAUGACAAUGCUCCUGAAAUUGCCGUGUCAUCAAUUACCAGUUCAAUACCAGAAAAUUUGCCUGAGACUGUGGUUAUGGUUUUUAGCAUACGAGACAGAGACUCUGGGGACAAUGGGAGGAUGAUUUGUUCUAUCCCAGAAAACCUCCCUUUCAUAGUAAAAUCUUCUGUUGAGAAUUACUACACAUUGGAAACGGAGAGAAUGCUGGAUAGAGAGAGUCAGGCCGAGUACAACAUCACCAUCACCGUCACCGACCUGGGGACCCCCAGGCUGAAAACCCAGCACAACCUAACGGUGACGGUGUCCGACGUCAACGACAACGCCCCGGCCUUCAGCCAAGCCGCCUACACCCUGCGGGUGCGCGAGAACAACAGCCCCGCCCUGCACAUCGGCAGCGUGAGCGCCACGGACAGAGACUCGGGCGCCAACGCGCAGGUCACCUACUCGCUGCUGCCGCCCCAGGAUCCGCAGCUGCCGCUGGCCUCGCUGGUGUCCAUCAACGCGGACACCGGGCAGCUGUUCGCGCUCAGGUCGCUGGAUUUCGAGGCGCUGCGGGCGUUCGAGUUCCGCGUGGGCGCGGCCGACCGCGGCUCGCCGGCGCUCAGCAGCCAGGCGCUGGUGCGCGUGCUGGUGGUGGACGACAACGACAACGCGCCCUUCGUGCUGUACCCGCUGCAGAACGGCUCGGCGCCCUGCACCGAGCUGGUGCCCAGGGCGGCCGAGGCGGGCUACCUGGUGACCAAGGUGGUGGCGGUGGACGGCGACUCGGGCCAGAACGCCUGGCUGUCGUACCAGCUGCUCAAGGCCACGGAGCCCGGGCUGUUCGGCGUGUGGGCGCACAGCGGCGAGGUGCGCACGGCCAGGCUGCUGAGCGAGCGCGACGCCGUCAAGCACAGGCUGGUGGUGCUGGUCAAGGACAAUGGCGAGCCGCCGCUGUCGGCCAGCGUCACGCUGCACGUGCUGCUGGUGGACGGCUUCUCGCAGCCCUACCUGCCGCUCCCGGACGCGGCGGCGGCCGAGGCCCGCGCCGACCCGCUCACCGUCUACCUGGUGGUGGCCUUGGCGUCGGUGUCGUCGCUCUUCCUGUUCUCGGUGCUGGUGUUCGUGGCGGUGCGGCUGUGCAGGAGGAGCCGGGCCGCGUCGGCGGGCGGCUGCUCGGUGGCCGAGGGCCCGUUUCCGGGCCACCUGGUGGACGUCAGCGGCGCGGGGACCCUGUCCCACAGCUACCAGUACGAGGUGUGUCUGAGGGGAGACUCAGGGACCGGUGAGUUCAAGUUCUUGAAGCCCAUUAUCCCCAACCUCCCACCGCAGUGCCCUGGGAAAGAAUCGGAAGAAAAUCCUACCUUCCACAAUAGCUUUGGGUUCAAUAUGUAGAGACCACAAUUAAGUUUCAUAUUCUAUAUGUGCCACUUUUUCAUGCCACUUCCAAAUCAAUGUUAUUUUCCCCAAUUUGUGUGUAUUUUAAAUUGUAUUCGGUGUACUUUUGUAUUUUCACAAAUUCUACCCAUCUUUACGUUUAAGUGAAUGUUAUCUUUAUUUGUGCUGGUAAUUAGAUGUACCUUAUUCUGUAUCCAGGUCUUAAUGGGUGGUUUGCCUCCUUAAGUAACAACACCAAAUCACUUUUGUCCAUGGCCCUCUCUCCAGUUGAACUUUCAUCCACAUUAUGCUUUUGGCAAAAUAAAGCAGACCAC